GGAGACGACUCCUCGCUUGAUAAAGAUAUCGAAAUAUUUCGCUCUAUACACAUCUCGAAAGCGCCCCUGGCCCAAGCCCAAAAUCCAAUGUGCCAGAUAAAAUGAAUCCAAUGAUUUCGGAGCCUUGAAUUCCCACUCUUGCGAUAAAAGCUUUUGUCCGGUCUUGGACAUUCUCAUGAUUUGCGAACCAAGAGGGUCUCAAACUAUUGUUGGGUGCGAAAAAUAAGCCUUUUAGUGCGAGGUGUCCGCGGGCCUGCGAUGACCACGAUGAGAGACAAACUCAAACAUGGCCAAGUCCAGAUUUGAAUACGUGAAGCAGUUUGAAAGGGAAAACUUUCUCCUUCCUCAGACACACAUAGUUAUACGAGUCGAUGGUAAAGGAUUUCACAAAUUCUCCGAGGCGUAUGGUUUCGAAAAACCGAAUGACGCCCGGGCUUUGGCGGUGAUGAACCGAACGGCUCAAACAAUGAUGGAGCAAUUCCCCGAUAUAGUUAUGUCUUAUGGAGACUCUGAUGAAUACCUGUUUCUUCUAAGAAAAGACUGUGAACUUUUCGAGCGGCGGGAGAUGAAGUUGAUCUCCACGUUCGCCUCGUUCAUGUCUGUGAACUAUGUCAUGCAUUGGAACGCUGAGUUUUCUGACAAUCAAAUUCGAAAAGAGCGUCUUCCAACUUUCGACGCCCGGGCAGUUGUGUACCCCAAUUCUGGGAUAGUACGGGACUACUUCAGCUGGCGCCAAGUGGACUGUCACAUCAACAAUUUGUACAACACUGCCUUCUGGGGCUUGAUUCAAAAGUGCAAUAUGACGAGGCAAGACGCCGAGAACAAGUUGAAGGGCACAUUGUCGAAGGACAAGAAUGAGAUCUUGUUCACAAAAUGUGGCAUCAAUUACAACAAUGAGCCCGAGAUGUAUAAAAAGGGUACCGUGAUUGUCCGGGAGUAUGAGAACUGGAAGCACGAGGAGAGAGAUAUGAGUAGCAGACAAAAACAGCGAAAUGAAAAAAUGCGAAAGAACGCAGCUAUCGUUGUUUCUCACGUUGAUAUAAUCAACGAUGACUUCUGGAUCAAGAGGCCUUGGGUGUUGGCCUGAAGUCAGCUUCCAAUGCAUGCGCACUGCGGUGGAGAGCAAGUCGGGUAGCAAUGGGCCCGGGGAGGCCGGUGUUUGUAGAAUAUACUAGUGACAUAAGUUAUAGCUAAUGUAAUUAUUUACUCA